AUGGCUCUCAAGGAUCUUGGACCGGAAGAAGCUCUAAAGUGUAUUAUCAAUAGCAAGGACUGUAAAGAAAAUAUUAUUGAUUUUACGAAACCAAUUUCCAGAAUGUAUAAAUCAGUAAUACCAAUGAUUAUCAGUCAUUACAACUUCAGUCUUACAUCUGCAGUCACUUUGGAAGAACGACGAAUCCUAAUUGAUUUGGGUCUUUGCCACACUUUAGACGAUGAAGAAAAGCUCCUACGUUCCCUUUUUGAAAAUAAUAAUGUGUCGGAAAAUAUCAAACAUUUAAGAACGGCAAUAAAUGGACUGUUUGAUAUUUGGCGUUCAAAAAGGCUGAACGAUAGGGCUGAAUGCUGUUCUGCGGUCAUCAAGAAAUUGAAAGAAACUAAUAAGGAUCUUGCCCAGCAACGUGUGGAUUUUAUCCUUCGUAAUAAUCACGAUGGAUCGGAUUAUCUGACAUCUGAAGAGAAACCAACAGAUAAAGAAGCCCUAUAUGAUUUCAAAAAAGGUAAAGAAAUGCAGCGAAACAUGUUGACGCUUUGGUCGAAUUGGCUCAACUCAAGCACGUUAGUGGGAGAAUUGGAAGCAGUGACAUGCCAAUGGCAGGAAAGAAAGCUUACAGUAUUUGGAACCCGCAUGCUUCCAUCUGGCCACUUUAUUGUAUACAAAAAAGCAACUGCUUUUAUUUCAUCUGUCUCUGGUCAUUAUGGUGCAGCAGCCAAAUUGCUUCAAAUUGUGCUUUCUCUUAAACGGCUCGUUACACUUAAUCAUAUGAAGUUAAUAUCUAUGAUAGAUGCCAUUGAGAAGUAUUCGAAUGAUAAUUUGGAUCUCUCUGUGAAUGCUGAUCAGCCAUAUGUUACCUACUAUGGAUCGAGUCAGGAAUCAGCGAGCAGCAAAGAAAAGGAGGAAGAACCUGAAUAUGUUCAAGAAGCUUUAUCAAAAUCAAGAUCUGUAAAGCAUCCAGAUGAUGUCGUUAGUAUGGGUGACUGGGAAAAGAUGAUCAUUGACGAUGUGAAUCAAGAGCUACAAAUUAAGAAAUAA